UUAACUCUAUUCUCAACCAUCCAAAAUGGCUGCUGUGCAUAGAAGGAGAAGAAGAUUUCGCAGACAAAAUGCUUUACCACGACCAAGAGUGUUUAGGGACAGGAGCAACCCAUUGGAGACGCUGGAGGAAGAGGAGAUUUUUCAGCGCUAUCGAUUCCGACCCGCUACGAUUAACUUUUUAGUCAAUGGACUCCAUGAGGAACUCAAAACUGACACUAACAGGAACAGUCCAAUAUCCCCUCUCUUCCAAGUUUUGCUGUUCCUACGUUUUGUGGCGACAGGGGCUCAUCUCCGUCUGGUAGGGGACAGUCUCGGAAUUUCAGAAUCGUCCGUAGGCAGAUCUGUCAAAGCAGUUGCCUCAGCUAUAGUUGCUGUUUUCGCCAGACUAUACAUUUCCUUUCCUGUCGGAGAAAUGGCAACAAAAGUUAAAGAAGGUUUCAGGAGAAUAGCUGGUACGUAAAUCAAAUGACAUGUAAAAACUCAUAUAGCAGUUUCCUCACUUCAAACGUUAGCGCCACAUGCAUUUUAAUGUUUAUCACUUACUUUACUGAUAAAGUCCCGUUUCCUGCUGUUAAGUUUCCAUGCAACUUCUAACAACACAUAAGUUUUAUCGCCGAAACUGUAAAUGGUGUUGACUGUUUGGUAUUUGGGAAAAAAAACAAACAAACCGCUCAUUUUACUGCUUUUCUUCCUUAUAAGAGUUCCAAUUUAAGGGGAAUUACUGCAUGAGAAAGACGCGCGGAUCCAUUGGCAUGUGUACU